AUGGAUGUCAAACCCCGAUAUCAUCAUGCUUCCAAAUUAGCUUUUCGCAUCGCCGUCCUCCGCCGCCUCCACUUUCUCUCGUCUCACCGUCGCAACCACAUGCCGCCAUGCGUUGCCAUUCACUGCCACCCAGCGGCACGCGGCAUUGGCGCCUAUUGCCGUCCGACAAGCACCGCCAGUGCCGACCAUUCAGCCCCCACGCCGUUCCGGCCGUCGUGCGCUAGAGCUCGCAAACCCGCUGGAGUGCAGGCGCGGCCCGCUUCGUGCGCGACUGCGCGCUGGAAAGCUGCCCGCUUGGGGCAAGGCAGGCGCAAUAGCGCGCGCAGAGUGGGCUCGCCGCGCGUGCAGGCGGACGACGCGGCGGAGAGAGCGACAGCAGCAGAGGCGGACCCGCUGGAGCAGUUUGCACGCAUCGACCAUGGCAGGCAGUCGCGCACCGGCAUGCCCGAGGUGGUGUACGGGCAGGGCAAGACGCCACAGCAGAUAGCCGCCAUCCUCACGGCCAUGGCGGACAGGGCCAGCCAGACAGGGGGGCAGGGGGGUGGCCAGAGGGUUGUCAUGGCCACCAGGGUUGAUGCCGACGCUGCACAGCAGGUGUGUGCGCUGCUGCCCUCCGCCGUCUAUCACCCGCUGGCCCGCGUGCUGCACCUGCCACUGCCCCUGCCGCCCACAGGAGGCGCAGAGGCGAGUGAGGCUGGCGCGAGUGGUGCUGGUAGCGCCGCUGAGAACGUGGGUGACAGUGGUGGUGGGAGAGAGGGGGCGAGUGCGCAUGUGAUGGUGGUGACUGCCGGCACCACUGACCUUCCCGUGGCUGAG